AGUUUUUGCCAAUAACUCCGCUUCUUUUUGGCUUUAGUUGAGAUAAUUUGGGUUUUCAAUACACCAUGGAAACUUCUAUUACCUCUACUGCUCUGUUGUUUUUUGUAAUUUGAUUGAUUCCUUACCGUGGAUCUUGAUCUGUUUUGCUUUUCUUGCAAUUGAGUCUCCUAAAUAGUCGUUGAUAGGACCUUGAUAGCACAGCAUUCUCGUGCUGUGCUCCUUCCUCUCUCGACAAAGAGUUUUGUUUGCUGGUUCCAAUGUGUUUAGCGAAGCAGCGGCUCUCCUUCUUCUGUUAAAAAAGGAUUGAAUGGAUUGCGGGUGGGCGUAUCUUCUUCUCGUUGAUUGGCGGCGUGGAAGAUUUUAUAUUCGGUAAUUGAAACAGAUGGUGAAUUCCGGCAGGAUGACCCUCAUGGAAUUGAAAGUUCGAGUAUCUUGUGUUCAAACUGAACCGACUGCAUGAUUUAACUCUAACGGUCCCCGCACCCCUUUUCUAUAUCACCGUUCCCUAUCCUAAUGGCUCUGACUCCAUUCCUUGUUUGCGCGUAUUAAAAUGUUUAAGUAAGUAAUGAAUCGAGUUGGGUACCGGGAUUCGGUCCAUUCCUGUUUUAUGACUUCAUGUUGUUAGAAGCUGAUGCUCGGAAAUCAUUAUGGAACUUUCUUGGGCUUGACCAGCUUCUGCUCUAUGCUUCAAGCCAAAUAAAACCUUUCUUCCGCAAAACAAUUUUAAUCUUUCACUAGAAAUGGAUUCAGCUGUUUAAUAUCUCCUGUUGACUACCGCUCAAAGUUCGCUCAUACUCUUAUUAGCCACUGUUCGUUUGCCAGGCACCCCAAAAAAAUAAAAUAAAAAAGGAAUCUUGUCUUUCUUUCAAUGAUAUUUUCCAAGCUUGCCAUGCAUAUGAGCAUUGGUUAGUGGGUGGUACAAUAUUACGUAGCUAUUCCUGUUUGACUCCAGCACAGAAUUUGUUGAUAAGUUGUGUAGUUCAGUAUUUUUUGGCCGACCUAUAACUACUCCUUUUUCACCCCUGUAUAUUGACGAAUUCAGAAGUAUUGUAUGUUCAAAUUUCUGCAUUAAUUGCAUACUUAGGCUUAUUAUCUACAUUGGGCUAACCGCCAUUGUUUAUAUCUGUUUCCUUGUGUUUUUAUUCAAUGGCCAACUGAGCUGUUUUAUCCUCAGAGACGCCAGAAGCUAUGCUCAUGACUAUUGACAUCAAUAAAACAGGCUCAUGAAAUUACUUUGUAUUUUGUUAUUAAUGGUUGAGUAACUGACAUUCUACUUGCUUUUCACAUCAGGCCAGACAGAGCUGAGUCAAUUGAGAGACUUCAGGGAGACCUGACUGCAAAUCCUGCCUCAGUACAGGCUGCUUCAUCAGACUCCAACAUUAAAAGCGGUGGGCACAUGUUUUCAUCACCUUCUAAAUGCCUGAAUGGCAUCGCUUUUUCUUCCUCAAUUUCUCAACAUGAUAGGCAGCAUCAAAAUUCUCCCUUCAUUUCUAAGACAUUGAGAAGAGACGAUGUAAUGCCCCCGCAAGGAACUUCCCUUACUCAGAGUGGGGAAGAUGCGUCUUUCCCACCUUCACAUUCUUGUUAUCCGGAAAUACACUCGGCAGCAUUCGUUUCUCGACCCCCAGAAAGUGAUGAUAUUUCAUGGGGACCAGAUCCCUUUCAGGAUAUUCUUAAUCUAUCUGUAAAUGAUUCCGUACAGAACGAUCAGAUGGAAAAUAGUUCUUGUUUUAUGUCUGAUGACAACUCCAAAAAAACUGAUUUUGGGGAGUGGGUAGAUCAGUUAAUGUCAGUCGAUGAAUCUCCUCAUCCAAACUGGAGCCAGCUUCUUGUUGAUGAUAAUGUACCGGAUUCGAAAUCAGAGGGGACCCACUCCACCAAGCAGCAGGAUGCACCAUCUGGAGAAGUUAAUGCUCCUCCUACUUCAGCAACGAAUGCACUACAAAGUAAGCCUAGAAUGCGUUGGACUCCAGAACUUCAUGAAGCUUUCGUGGAAGCAGUGAAUAAGCUUGGUGGUAGUGAGAAGGCUACUCCUAAGGGUGUUUUGAACCUAAUGAAAGUUGAGGGUCUUACUAUAUAUCAUGUGAAAAGCCAUCUGCAGAAGUAUAGAACAGCCAGAUUCAAGCCCGAAUCAUCAGGAGCAGGAGCCUCUGAGAAGAAGUCAACGUCAACCAAAGAAAUGAAAUCUUCAGACUCGACAGCUAGCAUGGGGAUUACUGAGGCGUUGCGGUUGCAGAUGGAACUCCAGAAGCGGCUUCAUGAACAACUUGAGAUUCAAAGAAAGUUGCAGAUUCAAAUAGAAAACCAAGGGAAGCGUCUUCAGAUGAUGUUUGAGAAACAAAGAGAAAUGGAGGACGGCAAACACAAGACAUUACCCUCCUCCUUAGACGGGCCCACGGUAUUAAAUUCCCCCGCGAUUGAGGGUCAGAAACAUCUGGAAUCAGCAGUAUCAAUGCAACAACCGCGGGCGAAGAAUGUUCUGGGGAUGCCUGCACAAAGCAAGAGGUGGAAGGAACUAAAGUUACUAAUGAAGAAGAGGCGGGGCAUGACCAGUUGGGUGCACCGGCCUCCAAACGGGCGAAAAGCAGGUGACAGCAGAAUUCUCUAACUUGCAAUGGCAUCUAGUAUCGCUGCUUCUGGGGAUAAUUUGUUGGAAUUGCCCUUUAAAUUUAUUAUUUCUGUCCAACAAUUUCUUGUCCGAUUUGGGCUAACCGUUCUAGCUGGCUGUGCUACUACUGACAUUUGCUGUAGAUAUUUUUUUUUUUCAAUGUUGUUGAAUUUGGAAGUUCUCAUUGAUAUCUUGUUGAAUUUGUUCUACCUUUAUGGUUGAAUUAGACAUAUUAGAAUUUACAAGUGUAAGAAAUGAUCUCAUGAUUUAAUACCUCAA